AAAUUAUUGAAAAAUGAACCAGAGUACAACUGGAACCACUCCUCAUGGAUUAGCAUUUUCAGGAGCAUUUACAUUUGGAGAAUCUUAACGAUUACCAUGGGUUAAGAAAGAUGAUUUAAUUGCAAGUAAAUUGGAAGUUGAAGGAUGCAAGAAAUUUGAUGAUUAACUUAAAAGAACUGAAUCUAGAUUGUCUAGUAAAAUAUCAAGAAGAAAAUCUAAUUUACCAUAAGAUGAAAAAAUGAAAGCAAUAAAAGCACCUAAUCCACCUGUUGGAGCAUACAAUAUUCAUAAUGUUUAAGUUAUAGAUGAAGAAUAACUUAAAAUACUUUUAGAGAAGAAUUAAACAAAAGAAUAUCAAGACAAAAUUAAAUAAAUGUAUACUAUACAAACAUCAAUGGGAAAAAGAGUAUCAGGAGGUGAUUUAGAUCUUCACUAAACAUGGGCAAUUCAUAAACCUGAAGUUGUUAAAGAACAUCCAAUAGGGUAAAUAAUAAUUUAUAUAUUUUAGUCCCGGAUCAUAUAAUCCAUCAUUGUUAAAUUAACAUUCAUAGCCAGUUUUUGGAUUUGGUUACAAAUAUGAAACUAAAUGGGCAAAAGAAGAAGGACCUUCACCUGAUUAAUAUUAUAAUUCUGAGACAUUCAGUUAAUUUAAAACAUCUACAAGUUGGGCUACAAAUAAAGGAAAGAAAACAACUGGAUUUGGAACUGCUAAAAAAUUAUAAUUACCAAAAUCAAUUGAUGUAGGUCCUGGAGAUUAUAGAGAAGUAUCUCAAGAUCUAGCACCUAAAUAUUCUAUGCCAAAAGCAGAUAGAGAAUUACCUUCUCAUAAAAUAGUACCUAGUCCUGAUACUUAUUCUCCAGCUAUGAACUAAUUCAAAAAAGCUUUUAGUUUUGGUCAUAAAUAUAUUCCAAUUUUGACUACUGAUUAUUUUGAUCCUGGUCCUGGAGGUAUAUUUAUAUUAUCAUAAUAGCACAUGAUCCAAAACUUCCACAUCCUUCUACUGCUAAAGAAAUUAAAAUGCUUAAAUAAAAUAGAUCAUAACUUGUAACCAAAGAAUCUUAAUUAAAACCAGGACCUGGUACUCAUGAUCCUUAAAUGCCUCCUCAUCGAAUUUCACAUAGCAAAUCUUAAUUAUCUAUGGGAACUGGCGAAAGACAUAAUCCUAAUACUGAAUUUCGAUUAUCAAGAGACAGAGUUCCCUCUCCAGGAAAAUAUGAUAUCAAUUCAAGUUUAUAAGGUCCAAAUUAUUCAAUUCGACUCAAAUAUGAUCUUAAAAGCCAUAAUAAUACACCUGGGCCAGGAUAAUAUGACCCAGAUUCUCAACUUGUUUCAGAUUCUUUUACCAAACCUCUUGAACAUUAUACAAAAUCAUAAACACCACAUGCAAGUCUUACAAAAGGCAAUAGAUCUGAUCCAGUACUUUCGAAAUUUAAAAAUAUUGGACCUGGAAGCUAUGCUUUACCAUUUAAUACAGGUCCAAGAUCAAGGUUUUUUUUAUUCUUUUACUAUUAGUCUCGGAAAAGCAGCUAGAUUCCCUCCUAAAGAGAAAGAAGAAGUAGGCCCAGGAUCUUACUAUAUUUCAGGAACUAUUGGAAUCAUACCCAAAUAUCAUUUUGAUAAAACAAGAGAUAAAAUGCAGUCUUCAUUUUCUUAAUUUGAAAAAUUUAGCAGAUGAUUAUUAUUAUUUU